AUGUCCGGCAGAACAAGACCAAUCGAGAAAUUUGCAAAAGCCGCUGCUCAGUGUUCUGCCCAGGCGACGGCGUACGGGAAAUGUGUCUUCGCAGACUAUAACACAGUACGAAAGGAUAUGUGCAUACAUGAGUUUAUAAAGCUAAAAGACUGCUAUCUGGCUGCGGCUAAAAAGCUAUAG